UCCCUCUCUCUCUCUCCCUCGCUCUCUCCUUUGCUGAAUCUUAUUGAUCCAGAAGGUGGCUAAUUAGCCCUUCCCGUCGUGCCUGUGUAAUGAAGCACAUGCGCACUGAAUUAAUCACAGCCAUUUUUUGCAGGAAACUAAUUAGCAGGAAUAAAGAUCCAAAGAGUUUUUUUCUUUUCAAUCAUCAGAUCUCACUUUCACCUCUUCCUCUCUCCCUCUAACACAAGACACAUCGCCUGCUUUGCAUCCAAAUUAUUUUUAUAUAGCCUUUACAACUAAAACUUCGGUUUUUUUACACUCCGCAACAACAAUGAUCUUUCUUUUACCAUCCUAAAUGCAAACUGACCAAAAGGGACUGCCUUGAUGGGAUCUUUAGCCAAACCGUCUCUAUACUGGAUUAAAAAGCGAGGAUCACAAAGCGGCUGCAAAAAAAUUGCCUGGAUGCGAUGAGCGCCUCAUGCGGGCAUCAGCAUGGAACGCUGUGAGUCUCCCGCCGUUUCUGGGACUGACGAUGGGCUCGCCUCCGCCUCCCAGCCGCCGCCGCCGCCGCCGCAGGACCGCCCCGACGCACAGGCCCCUCCCCCCAGCGGCCAGGCCCCUCCCCCGGAGCCCCUGUCGCCGUCCGCGCCCUACCCCGCCCGCCUCCAGGCCGCCCGCGCCACGCCCCACCGUGAGGGCGUGAGGACCCGGACCCCGCCCUCCUUCGCCCCCGGCGACGGCGACGGCCCCCGGCGACAGAAGACCAGGCGGGAGGGGCUGGAGGAGAAGGAGGCGGAGGAGGAGGAGGACGUCGAGAAGGCGGUAGAGGAGGAGGAAGGGGGCAGCUGCGGAGAGGAGGAGGAAGAGGAAGAAGAGGAGGAGGAGGAGGAUGAAGACUUGGACGACUUGGACGGGAUGGAGAUGGACAGCUGCUUCCCGAGCCUGCAGCCCUUCACGGGGCUGCCCCUGGCCCCGGGGGGCGGGGCCAUGCCCACCCUCCUGCGGCAGCAGCGGGUACGACGGGCGGCGCUCGCCGAGAGCGGGGGCGAGGACGGAGAGGAGGAAGAGGAGGAGGACGAGGUGGAGGAAGAGGAGGAGGACGAGAACGAGGACAGCGCCGACGUGGAGAACCUGGCCGGAGAGAUCGUCUACCAGCCGGACGGCUCGGCCUACAUCGUGGAGAGCCUCAGUCAGCUCAUCCAAAGCGGGGGGGGCUCGGCUCCCGGGCUGCUCCCCCAAAACUCCCUCCCCGCCUCGGGCAGGACGGGCGACCCCGCCGGGAACUCCUCCUCCUCCUCCUCCUCCUCAUCCUCUUCCUCUUCCUCGGUGUACCCCCAGAUCAUCAACACGUUCCACAUAGCCUCCUCCUUCAGGAAGUGGUUCGGCCCCUCAGACCAAGGUUUCCCCAAUACCUCAGCCCUGGCAGGCCCCAGCCCUGUCCUGCACAGUUUCCGCGUCUUCGACGUGCGGCACAAGAGCAACAAGGAUUACCUGAACAGCGACGGGUCUGCCAAGAGGUCCUGCGUAUCCAAAGAUGUUCCCAACAACGUGGAUUUCUCCAAAUUCGACGGGCUGGCCCUCUACGGCAAGGGCAAGCCCAUCCUCAUGUGUUUCCUGUGCAAGCUGUCCUUCGGCUUCGCCCGCUCCUUCGCCACCCACGCCGUGCACGACCACCGCAUGACCCUGAGCGAGGAGGAGCGCCGUCUCCUGGGCAACGGGCACGCCUCCGCCAUCAUCCAGGGCAUCGGGAAGGACAAGGAGCCCCUCAUCAGCUUCCUGGAACCAAAAAACAAGAGCUCCCCCGCCCCGCCCGCCCCCCCGCCCCUCGGCUCGGGGCAGAGCUUCUACGGGACGUUCAGCGGCGUGCACCUGGACGCGGGGGCCGGGGACGGGGGCGGCGGCGGAGGAGGGGGGGGAGGAGGAGAGAGGAACGAGUCCCUCUCAAGCAAAGACUCAGAUUCGGGCUCCCAGCCGGGACCCCUGGGCUCCCUCCUGACUGUGGGGGGGUCGCCCUCCCGAAGCUCAGCCCCGGGCCCUGCCAAAGACUCCAGUACCCUGUCCCAGCAGGGAGGGAGAGCAGAGGGGCCCGCGGGCGCUGAGGGCCCCCGCGUGGGGGACAGCCCGGAGCGGACCGGGCUGGGGGACGUGGCCAAGGAGCUCUCGCCCCGAGCGGGGGUGGGCUCGGAGGCAGAGGAAGAACUGUUACUGGAGGAGGAGGAGGAGGAGGAGGAAGACGACGAUGAAGAAGAAGAAGGUGGCGCCGCGGCGUUGGUGGCCCGCGGCGACGGAGAUGGGGGGGAAGCGGCCGUCUCAAACCAAAGCAUUUCCAAAUCUCCUUUAUCAGCGCCCGGUGCUCUCCGGCCUCCCGCCAGCCCCGCCCCCACCCCCACCCCCACCCCGCCCUUCGCCCCCGCCCUGCCGUCGGAAGGGGGGGCGGGCGCGGAUGGCGGGGGCCGGAGCGCUGAGCUCCCUCUGAGCUUUAACUGCCAGGGGCCCGGGGUCCCCACGGCAACCUUGGCGGGGGCGGCGUCCGCCGAAAGAGGGGGCGGGGACAACGACGAUGACGACGACGCCGAAGGGCCCCGCCCGGCCUGCGCCUCCAGCGGCUCCUCCCCCUCCCCCGCGCCCGGCGGCGCGGCCGCCGACGAAAGUGCCAAUCGAGACAGUGCCACAGCUCCUGAACCAAACGAAGGCCCGGCCGACGGGGAGGACGAGGGCGGGGCCCUCCUGCACCACCACCACCACCUGCACCACCUCCACCACCACCACCUGCACCACCACCACCUGCACCCCUCGCCCCACGCCCACGGGCACUCGCACCCACAUCCGGGCACGCCCUGUGACCUGGCGGGGGCCGGCGAGUGCCCGCAGAGCCUGGCGGGGCUGGGGGCGGGGCUGGGGGCGGGCGCGGGCGCGGCCAGCGGCGUGGAGUGCCCCAAGUGCGACACCGUGCUGGGCUCCUCCCGCUCGCUGGGCGGUCACAUGACCAUGAUGCACUCGCGCAACUCCUGCAAGACGCUCAAGUGUCCCAAGUGCAACUGGCACUACAAGUACCAGCAGACCCUGGAGGCCCACAUGAAGGAGAAGCACCCGGACUCGGGGGGCUCCUGCGCCUACUGCAGCAGCGGCCAGAGCCACCCCCGCCUGGCCCGGGGCGAGAGCUACACCUGCGGCUACAAGCCCUUCCGCUGCGAGGUCUGCAACUACUCCACCACCACCAAGGGCAACCUGAGCAUCCACAUGCAGUCGGACAAGCACCUGAACAACAUGCAGACGCUGCAGAACGGCGGCACCGUGCCCUCCACCGACCCCGUGUUCGGCCACACCCCCGGGGGCGGGGCCAGCGCGGUGCCCGUCCCCCCCGCCGCGCAGGCCGCCGCCCACCACCCGGGCCACGGGCACGGUCACGGCCACAGCCACAGCCACGCCCACGCCCACCCGCACCCGCACCCGCACCCGCACCACCACCCCGCUGCCGCCCAGUCCGCCCCCCACUCGGGCGGGGCCUGCGGGGCCCCCUCCCCCCCCACCAAGCCAAAAAGCAAGCCCACGUGGCGCUGCGAGGUGUGCGACUACGAGACCAACGUGGCCCGCAACCUGCGCAUCCACAUGACCAGCGAGAAGCACAUGCACAACAUGAUGCUCCUGCAGCAGAACGUGACGCAGAUGCAGCACGGCCGCCUGGGCCUGGGGGGGCUGCCCCCGCCCUCCGAGGCCGAGCUCUACCAGUACUACCUGGCCCAGAACAUGAGCCUGCCGCCCGGCCUCAAGAUGGACCCCGCCUCGGCCGACGCCCAGUACCUGCUCGGGGGCUUCCACCUGGACCCCGGCAUGGCGGCCAUGGGCUCCGCCCUCGUCGGAGGGGACAUCCCCGUGGACCUGCGGCUGGGCGGCGGCCAGUUGGUGUCGGAGGAGCUGAUGACCCUGGGGGAGAGCCUGUCCCAGACCAGCGACCCCUCCCUCAAGCUCUUCCAGUGCGCCGUGUGCAACCGCUUCACCACCGACAACCUGGACGUGCUGGGCCUGCACAUGGGGGCGGAGCGCAGCCUGCCGGAGGAGGAGUGGCGGGCGGCGGCGGGCGACUCCCACCAGUGCAAGCUGUGCCGCUACACCACGCAGCUCAAGGCCAACUUCCAGCUGCACUGCAAGACCGACAAGCACGUGCAGAAGUACCAGCUGGUGGCGCACAUCAAGGAGGGGGGCAAGGGCAACGAGUGGCGCCUCAAGUGCGUCGCCAUCGGCAACCCCGUCCACCUGAAGUGCAACGCCUGCGACUACUACACCAACAGCCUGGAGAAGCUGCGGCUGCACACCGUCAACUCCCGCCACGAGGCCAGCCUCAAGCUCUACAAGCACUUGCAGCAGCACGAGAGCGCGGUGGAGGGGGAGUCCUGGUACUACCACUGCGUGCUGUGCAGCUACUCCACCAAGGCCAAGCUCAACCUGAUCCAGCACGUGCGCUCCAUGAAGCACCAGCGCGGGGAGAGCCUGCGCAAGCUGCAGCGGCUGCAGAAGGGCCUGCCCGAGGAAGAGGAGGAGCUCAGCGCCAUCUUCACCAUCCGCAAAUGCCCCUCCGCCGACACGGGAGAGCUGAGUGAGGAUGUGGAUCCCGCAUGCGAGGCCGCCGCUGACCAGGAGGGCCAAACCAAAGACAGAGAGAGUGGGGGGGAGAAGGAACCUACCAAAGGGACAGCUGUCUCCUGCCAGGCCGACAGGGAUCGGACGGAUUCCCCCCUCCCCUCCAAACGCCCUUCCUCGAGGUCGGGGGCCCCGGAGGCCCCCCAGUCCUCCAAGCGUCCCAGGACGUCGGACAAGAGCGCCGGCGAGCAGAUGUACCAGUGCCCUUACUGUAAGUACAGUAACUCAGAGCUGAACAGGCUCAGGAUGCACGUGAUGACUCAGCACUCUGUCCAGCCCAUGUACCGGUGCCCGCUGUGCCAGGACAUGCUCAACAACAAGGUGCACCUGCAGUUCCACCUCACCCACCUGCACAGCGUGGCGCCCGACUGCGUGGACAAGCUCAUCGCCACGGUGGCGGCGUCCGAGUUCCUGCCGGCGAGCAUGUUCGUGCCAGUCCCUGCCCCGGAGCGAGACGGGCAGAGCACGCCGCAGGCUGUGGGCACCGCCAGCUCCGACGACACCAGGAAACAGACAGAGAGCUCAGAGCCGGAGCCUGAGAAAGCGGCCCCGCCUCCCACCGAGGCGGCCGACGCCCGCGCGUCCCCGCCGGAGGAGCAGCCGCAGCCGAGGGACGACGGCGCCGGCUUCCCGUGCUGGAAGAAGGGGUGCGGCCAGCUCUUCAAGUCCUCCAACGCCCUCCAGACGCACGUCGGCGAGGCCCACGGCAAGCGGCCGCAGCUGCCCGUCUCCGACCGCCACGUCUACAAGUACCGCUGCAACCAGUGCAGCCUGGCCUUCAAGACCGUGGAGAAGCUGCAGCUGCACUCGCAGUACCACGUCAUCCGGGCGGCCACCAUGUGCUGCCUCUGCCAGCGCAGCUUCCGCACGCUGCAGGCCCUGAAGCGGCACCUGGAGACCAGCCACCUGGAGCUGAGCGAGGCCGACGUCCAGCAGCUGUACGGCGGCCUGCUGAUGAUGAACGGCGACCUCGCGGUCGCGGGCGACCCGUCGCUCGGCGAGGACCACGGCGGCCCCCUCGGCGAGGACGAGAGGGAAGGGGAGGAGAGCGACCCGGAGGAGAAGCAGAGCCCGACCGGCAGCGACGCGGGCUCGAUCCUGGAGGACUCCGGGCUGGAGCCCAAGCGGGCCCUGCCCUUCAGGAAGGGCCCCAACUUCACCAUGGAGAAGUUCCUGGACCCGUCCCGGCCUUUCAAGUGCACGGUGUGCAAGGAGUCGUUCACGCAGAAGAACAUCCUCCUGGUGCACUACAACUCCGUCUCGCACCUGCACAAGGUGAAGCGCGCCCUGCAGGAGUCCGCCACCGGCCACCCCGAGCCCACCAGCAGCCCCGACAACAAGCCCUUCAAGUGCAGCACCUGCAACGUGGCCUACAGCCAGAGCUCCACCUUGGAGAUCCACAUGCGCUCCGUCCUCCACCAGACCAAAGCCCGCGCGGCUAAACUCGAAGCGGCGGGGUCCUCCACCGGCUCCACCGGCGCUUUGGGCGGAGGCGGAGGGGGUUCCUCUGUGGGGACGUCGGCCUCCAGCCCCAGCCCGGCCGCCAACUCGACAACCGCCGUGAGCAGCAGCUCUUCGUCCUCUGUGCAGACCGUGCAGAGCCUUCUGGGAGGUGGCCACGCGGGCCAGUCCCACGGCAUGGACGGCCUCGGAAACUCCACGGCGGCCUGCCACCCCUCCCCGUCCGAAAACCACGACUCGAAAAAGAAGUUUGCGGACAUGCUGUCCUCGAGGUCCCAAGCGCAGCAGCUGCAGCAGCAGCAACAACAACAACAACAACAACAACAACAGCAGCAGCAGCAGCAGCAACAGCAGCAGCAACAGCAGCAGCAGCUGGCCCAGGCUCAAGCCCAUGCCCAGGCACAGCUCCAGCAGGAGCUCCAACAGCAGGCCGCCCUCAUCCAGUCCCAGCUUUUCAACCCAGCACUCCUUCAGCACUUCCCCAUGACAGCGGAGGCUCUGCUUCCCCUGCAGCAGCAGCAGCUGCUCUUCCCCUUCUACAUCCCCGGGGCGGAGUUUCAGCUGAACCCGGAGAUCAGCCUCAGCGGCUCCGCGCUCAGCAUGGCGGGCGCCUCCACCUCCUCCCUGCUGGAGGACCUGAAGAACUCUGCGCAGCAGGCCCAGCAGAGCUGCCUGCAGCAGCAGCUGCUGCACCACCACCUCCAGCAGCAGGCGCACUCCCAGGCCCAGGGCCAGAUGGCCCUGCUCCAGCAGAACGCCUCGCUCCUGCACCAGGCGGACAAAAAACCCAAGUCCGCUCCUCACGGCGAGAAAGAUCGGGAUGGACAGAGGGACAAGGAGACGAGUGAGAAGGUGGACGACCACCAACCCAAAGAUGGCGUGGACGGCGUUAAAUCUAAGGAGAAGAAAGAUCAGCCACAGACCUCAGCGGCCGUCAACCACGACCCCGGCUUUCCGCCACCCAGGAUCACUUCCGAUGCGCGAGGAAAUGCCACCAAAGCCCUUUUGGAGAACUUUGGGUUUGAGCUGGUCAUCCAGUACAACGAGAACAAGCAGAAGGUGCAGAAGAAGUUGGCCGGGAUGGGUCCCGCGGGAAUCUGCAGGGUGGUGGAUCCCAUCGAGGGGCUGGAGAAGCUGGAGUGCGAGGCGUGUGGAAAGCUCUUCUCCAACAUCCUGAUCCUGAAGAGUCAUCAGGAGCACAUACACCAGGCCUUCUUCCCGUUUCCCUCCUUGGAGAGAUUCGCCAAGGAGUACAGGGAGCAGUACGACAAGCAGUACCCCCUAAGGCCCCAGACCCCUGAGACUGCAGCACCUCCCCCUCCCCCACCUCCUCCUCCUCCUCCACCUCCACCCCAACCCCAACCGCAGCGAACCCCCACACCAAACAUCCCCGUCUCUGCACCGUCGCUGACGCCGCCGGCCGUUCCUCCCCCACAGCCCUCGGUUCCCAUGGCUCAAAUCCCCAUGCCGAUGGACUUGCCUCUCUUCUCCCCUCUUAUGAUGCAGUCCAUGUCCCUGCAGUCCUUGCCCUCUCAGAUGUCCGCCCAGCUGCCCUCUGUGGAGUCCGGUCUGGCCAGUGACCUGGCCCAGCUCUACCAGCAGCAGCUCACCCCGGCCAUGCUGCAGCAGCAGCAGAACAAGAGGCCUCGGACCCGCAUCACCGACGACCAGCUGAGGGUCCUGCGGCAGUACUUCGACAUCAACAACUCCCCAAACGAGGACCAGAUCAAGGAGAUGGCCGACAAGUCCGGCCUGCCCCAGAAGGUGAUCAAGCACUGGUUCCGCAACACCCUUUUCAAGGAGCGCCAGCGCAACAAGGAUUCGCCGUACAACUUCAACAACCCGCCCAUCACCACCCUGGAAGAAACCAAAGUCGAUUCCAAGCCGCCUUCCCCGGAGCCCCUGAGACAGGAGUAUUAUGGAAGCAAGAGGUCCUCGAGAACAAGGUUCACGGAUUACCAGCUUAGGGUGCUGCAAGAUUUCUUUGAUGCCAAUGCCUACCCUAAAGAUGAUGAAUUCGAGCAGCUUUCAAACCUGCUGAGUCUGCCCACCCGGGUCAUCGUUGUGUGGUUCCAGAAUGCCCGGCAGAAGGCCCGUAAGAACUACGAGAACCAGGGAGAAGGAAGCAAAGAAGGCGAGCGGCGGGAGCUGUCCAAUGAUCGCUACAUCCGCACAACGAAUCUGAAUUACCAGUGCAAGAAGUGCAGCCUGGUCUUCCAGCGCAUCUUCGACCUCAUCAAGCACCAAAAGAAGCUGUGCUACAAGGACGAGGACGAGGAAGGGCAGUACGAUAGCCAAAACGAGGACUCGAUGGAUCUCUCGAAUGAAUACUACACCCCGUCCGGCUCCUCCUGCCAUACCCCUAUGCCCUCCUCCUCCAGCUUGUGCCCCCUGCCCCCGUCCACGUCGGCCUUCUCCCAGUUAGCCUCGUCCUCGGAGAGGGAGGAGGCCUCGCCCGCGAACACGUCGAACGCGCUCGGCGAGAAGCCCAAGCACUCGGCCGAGACGGCGCCCCCGAAGCCGCGGGAGAACCUGGCGUCCGUCAAGCAGGAGAGUCCGCAGCCGCAACAGCAGCCGCCGCCCCAGCUGCAAGCGGAGACGCAGCAGCCCAGGCCGCCUCCGCGUGAGGAGAAGACCCAGUCCACUCCAAAGACCCCCAAGCUUCACUCUCUGUUCCCUUCCCAGCAAAAGCAGCAGCAGUGUGGUCCCACUAUAUCCCAGGCCAGCCCGGCUCCUUCACAGAGUUCUCACAUGACGCUUAAUCCUCUCCUCACAACGCCCUCCCAACAGCAGCAGCAGCAGCAGCUUGCUCAGCAGUUGAUCCCUUACCAGUGUGACCAGUGCAAGCUGGGAUUUCCCUCCUUCGAGCACUGGCAGGAGCAUCAGCAGCUUCACUUCCUCUCUGUGCAGAACCAGUUCAUUCACCCCCAGUUCCUGGACCGCCCCAUGGACAUGCCCUUCAUGUUGUUUGACCCCAGCAAUCCCCUGCUGGCCAGUCAGCUCCUCUCCGGGGCCAUGCCGCAGAUGCCCACCAGCUCCGCCACCUCGCCCUCCACCCCCACCUCCACCAUGAACUCCCUCAAGAGGAAACUGGAGGAGAAAGCGGGCACCAGUCCCGGGGAGAACGACAGCACGCACAGCGGGGAGGAGCCCCAGCGGGACAAGCGGCUCCGGACGACCAUCACGCCGGAGCAGCUGGAGAUCCUGUACCAGAAGUACCUGCUGGACUCCAACCCCACCCGCAAGAUGCUGGACCACAUCGCCCACGAGGUGGGCCUGAAAAAGAGGGUGGUGCAGGUGUGGUUUCAGAACACCCGAGCCAGGGAAAGGAAAGGGCAGUUCCGCGCCCUCGGCCCCGCCCAGGCCCACCGCCGGUGCCCCUUCUGCCGUGCCCUGUUCAAGGCAAAGACUGCGCUGGAAGCCCACAUUCGCUCGCGCCACUGGCACGAAGCUAAGCGCGCCGGCUACAACCUGUCCCUCACCGGCAUGUCCCCCGAUCAGGAAGGGAUGCUGUUGAAGUUGGAUCCUCUGGACAUCUCCAGCUCUCCGCAGCCCCCGACCUCCAACAACGAUGGACAGUGCUCCUCUCUCUCGCCCGUGAGCAAAAACAUGGAUCUUUCUCCUCGGGGUCUGCUGAGCCCAACGUCCAUCAAGGUAGAAGGAAUGGAGGACUUUGAAAGUCCCACCAUGUCGUCCGUCAACUUGAGCUUCGAUCACAGCAAGCUCGACAAUGAUGACUGCUCCUCGGUGAACACGGCCAUCACGGACACCACCACGGGGGACGAGGCAAACGCGGACAACGACAGUGCGGAUGCAAAGCACAGUCAUAACAGCAGCGACUUUAUGUCUAAGUCCGGGGGGGCGCCCCCAUCUGCCGAGAAUGACGACCAGAUGUCUUCUGGGCUGGUGAGCCCUGCAACGAGUUACUAUGCCAGGGACUUUGAAAAUGAGACUAUAGUGGACUACAGUGAGAACUCAAGUCUGGCAGACCCCUGCUCACCAAGCCCUGGGGCUUCAGGAACCAGGAGCAUUGAUAGCGACCGGCCAGGCCAGAAGCGUUUCCGAACGCAGAUGACCAAUCUCCAGCUCAAACUGCUGAAGUCCUGUUUCAACGACUACAGGACUCCCACCAUGCUGGAGUGCGAGGUCCUCGGCAACGACAUCGGCCUCCCGAAGAGGGUGGUCCAGGUGUGGUUCCAGAACGCCCGCGCCAAGGAGAAGAAGGCCAAGCUCAGCAUGGCCAAGCAUUUCGGCAUCAACCAGACGUCCUACGAGGGGCCCAAGACGGAGUGCACCCUGUGCGGCGUCAAGUACAGCGCCAGGCUCUCGGUGCGAGACCACAUCUUCUCCCAGCAGCACAUCAACAAGGUGAAGGACACCAUCGGCAGCCAGCUGGACAAGGAGAAGGAGUACUUCGACCCGGCCACGGUCCGCCAGCUGAUGGCGCAGCAGGAGAUGGACCGCAUCAAGAAGGCCAACGAGGUCCUGGGACUGGCGCAGCAGCAGGCCAUGCAGCAGCAGGGGAUGUUCGACAGCCCCGCCCUGCAGGCCCUGAACCUCUCGUCAAGCUACAACGCUUUGCAGGGGAUCCCCCCGGUGCUUCUGCCGGGGGUUAGCAACCCCUCCUUAUCGGGAUUCACCUCAUCAAACUCAGCUUUAACGUCUCCAAAACCUCCCAACCUCCUGAGCAUGCCCGGUGCGAGUGUCCCCUCCCCCAGCCUCCCCACGUCUGGGUUACCAAACAAGCCCCCCUCCUCUUCCUCUCUGGCCUCGCCCGGCCCGGCCCAGGCCACCGCUUCCACGGCCCACUCGACCCCCAGCCAGACCCCCACCUCCUCCUCCGCCCCCACGUCCGCCGCCGCCAACUCCUCCUCGUCGGCCUCGCAUCCGGGCGCCCGGUCUGACCCCCCCAAAGAGCGAGACGCCGAGAGGGCCAGGGAGAGGGAGAAGUCCAAGGUGAAGACGGAGAAGCCCCCGACGCCGUCCUCGACGGGCGGCGCCCCAGCAGCACCCUCCACGUCCGCCGCCAGCGCCAAGAAGGAGAAGCCCGACCCGGCCGUUCCUGCCACCUCCAUGCCGACGCCGGGCAUGGAGUACGUGGUGGACCCCGCCCAGCUCCAGGCCCUGCAGGCCGCCUUGGCCUCGGACCCCACGGCCCUCCUGACCAGCCAGUUCCUGCCCUACUUCAUGCCCGGCUUCUCGCCGUACUACGCCCCGCAGAUACCCGGGGCCCUCCAGGGCGGCUACCUGCAGCCGAUGUACGGCAUGGAGAGCCUCUUCCCGUACAACCCGGCCUUGUCGCAGGCUCUGAUGGGGCUGUCCCCAGGGUCGCUGCUUCAACACUACCAGCAAUAUCAGCAGAGCCUGCAGGGGGCGCUGCAGCAGCAGCAGCGGCAGCUCCAGCAGCAGCAGCAGCAGCAGCAGCAACAGCAGCAGCAGCAGCAGCUACAGCAACCAAAAGCAAGUCAAACUCCAGCCCCGCCCAAGACCCCAGACACCCCAGACCACAAAGAACCUGCCAAAGAUCCAGUGAAAGCUGAACAGCAGAAAGGCACUCCCUCCUGUGAGAACUCUUCCUCCUUCGCUUCUUCCUCAUCUUCCUCCCACAAGAACCUACCCUUUGAGCUGCAAGAGGCAGACGGCAAAGGCGCGGAACCCCCCCUCGACCGGUACAUCGUCCCCAGGGCGCAGCACCGGCUGGCGUGCCGGAAGUGUCAGGCCCUGUUCAGCAAGGAGGAGGCGGCCAUCGGCCACCUGAAGUCCGCCUGCUUCUUCGGCCAGUCCGCGGCGAACCUGCAGGAGAUGCUGCUUCGAGUCCCCGGCGGCGGCGGCGGUGGCGCGGGCGCGGGCGAGGGCGGCCUGUACGACUGCCUGGCCUGCGACGCCACGCUGGACGGGGAGAAGGCGCUCAGUCACCACCUGGAGUCGGCCCUGCACAAACACAGAACAAUCAAGCGAUCAGCCAGAAAUGCCAAAGAGCACGCUUCUCCUAGUUUAUUACCUCACACUUCGGCCCGCUUCCCCGAUCCCAACGCCGCAUCUACCUCGCAGUCCGCCUCCCACAAUAACAGCAGCCCCCCUCCCCCGCGCGCCGCCACGCCGUCCCCUUCCGCCUCUUCGUCCUCCUGCUCAUCUUCCUCCGCGGCCACCACCCCCCCUCACAACGCAGCCGCCGCCGCCGCCGCCGCCGCAGCCGCCGGCAAACCCUGGCCCCAGGCCCACGUCUCCAGACCUUCGGCCGGGAAGCCCAACGUAGUAGUCUCCCCUUCGACUUCUCCUCAUUCUUUUCCUCCGGCGUCCUCACCUUCAACGGUUACCUCAAGUUCGUUGAGCACCUCAGGGGUUCAGACCUCGAUACCAACAGACGUCUUUACCGACGAGUCUGAGUCUGGCGGCGGUCCGAGGUCGGCAGACAGGCUGGGCGGGCCGGCGGAGGGGCCGCCGCAGCCCAGCUGUCUCAAAGACAGCAGUAGUUGUAGUAGUACUCUUGCUAGCUUAGGAACGGACUCCCUCCGAUUGUAAAAGAGCUUUCAAACGACGACUGGACGAUGUUUAAAAAAUGUUAAAAAAAAAGACAAAAAAAAACAAACCGACAAAAGGAAAAAAAAAAAACAAAAACAAAUAAAAAGCAGCGAUGUUUAAAAAAAAAAAAAAAAAAAUGUUUAAAAAUAUACAAACCAAUUUCAGAAGAAAAGAUGUGUAAAGAUUAACUGCAAUUCCAAAGCUUGUAACCAAAAAUUAAAUGUUAAUGGAUUGUUUUCCCAUAUCAACAUGCUGGUUUACGUUGAUUACGUCGAACUAAAAUAUAUAUUUAAAUAUAUAUAGCUAAAAUAAAGUGACUGCAGUUAAGUUUUGGAUAUCGAUAGCAGAAUGCUGUACAGCAAUGGACUGCCUCAAACGUCAUUAAAACAGCCCCUGACCCCCGCAAGUAAUGAAUUAACAAGUUGUCCCUUGUUUGUUUAAUUAUUCCCGCUUAAUAGCACAGUAACAAAAGCCAGUAUGUACUGUAUGGGAGAAUAGUCUUACAUUUACCGUUUUCUUGCUAUCUAAGCAUUCAGAUACCAAUGGCUUGCUAAAAUAAGAAAAAUAAUGUAAUGUCUAUUUUAUUCUCAGGUCAACAGCUCCACAACCUUUUGUUCUGUUACAGAAAUUCAUUGUUUUUUUUUUUGUUUUUUGUUUUUUUGUUUUGUUUUGUUUUGUUCCUAACAGAAGUAGGAAUCCUUUUUCUUUUUUCGGCUAUUGAUUUAACUGACAGAAAGUAUUAAGAGAGAAAAUCUCAUGAAGGUGUAGCUUUCUGGGGGAUUCAAAAAGGGUAGCUGAUCUGCUGAUUUUAAACAUAAAUCAUUUUAAAAAAGGGGAGGACAACCCCUCUCACUUCACCCAGGCACGGAGAGUAUUGCAGACUUGUUGGUGGGGAGAAGAAAAAAAAAAGAUUUUUUAAAGUAAGAGAAAAAAAAACAACUUUCUGUAUUUAUGAUAGAUAUGAACAUUUUUGGUGUUAAGUAGAUUGUUGCAUUGGAAAUGAAUUUAAACAGUAUGGUAGACUGAAAAAAAUAUUUGUGUAUAUUUAGCUUUUGUAUCGUCCAACUUAAAAGGCGGUUCAUUUGAUGUUGUCUUGGUCAUUCCGAUAGACUAGAUUAAGGAACAGUAACAGACCUACUCUUUAUUUUUGUUUUCUUCUUCUUCUUCACUGUUUGGCUGUCCUUUGCCAAGCUGCCAUUCUCAGACUUGGCGGGAUCGUUCCUUUCGUUCUUCUAUCGUUUUCUUUUCUUUCCUCCCCCUCCCCCCUUUAUUUUCUUGGUCGAUACAAUAGUGACAAAAAAGGAAAAAAAUAAUAAUAAUUCUGGGGUGAAAUGUCCGAAGAAAUUUUUAAUUAUGUUUGUGUUACCUUUGUGCACUUAACCACUGUCUGACUGUUUCUCUGUUUUUCUCUCUCUUUCCCUCUUUCCCUUGGUUUCUCUCUCUCUCUCUCUCUCUCCCUGCAUUUGUAGAGUUGGAGGUAGAUUUCUACCCUUGCACUACAAAGCAGAUAACUUUGUUUCUUGUGUAAUGUGGCUGCAGCCUUUCCAGGUUUAUUUUUUCAUAAGAACUUUUCCAUGUUGUCAUAGAUGAAAAUGAAAAAUAAUAAUAAUAAUAUUGAUGAUAAUAAUAAGUCUCACGCUUUAAAACAAAAAGAGUAUCCAAAGACAAAACACUUUCACCAUUGGUGCAUAAAGAUGAGCAAAAGAGGCUUCUUUAUACUUGAUAAUUUGUUGUUUUUAAAGAAAAGGAAAAACAAAGUUUUAAAAUAAAGGAGUUUCGUGUCAGAGUUGCCCUUUUUUGCUUCAUUGCGAGCAGACCGAUGGCUUUAAACGUAAAACAACAAGAAUACCAAAAACCAAAAAAAGGCCCCAGUCUUUGCGUUGUGGAGUAGCACCGCGAGAGAGCCAUUGCUGUUUGUACGAUAAAGGUUAAAAAGCUCUUUGUCUGACUUUUCCGUGUCUCAGACACACACACACACAAACACACACGUUUUUUAAAGCAAAUGUAUAAGGUCUGGUCUUCGAGGACAUCAGUUUUGCUGCUAAUGUAGUUUUUGAAGAAAAAAAAAAAGAAUACCUAGAUUGCAUGCUCAUUUUGCUUUAUUGGCAAAGCUUUAAAACGAUGACAAACAAUAAAACAUUCAUCACACCUCUGUAUUGUUUUCUGUUCUUGUUACAAAAACGGAACUUUGAAGACUGUGAACACGCGUUCCAAAGGACAGUGGCUUACGUUUAGGUUUUUUUUUUUUGUUUUUGUUUUUUUCGAGCAGACCAAUAUGAAAGCCAAUGAUCUAUAUUGUACAGAACAGUGCAUUCCAAAUACAACAUCCGUUUUUUUUUUUGUUUGUUUGUCUGUCUGUUUGUUUGCGUUUAAGCAAGGACUGAUUCUUUAGUUUUUUUUUUAUAUAAGUAUUCCUUCUGUUAUUUAAAAGGUGACUGUAAGCUGUUGUGCAAACGUAGAGUCCCCGACUGCAGCCGUUGCAACUCCCAGUUCACGUAAGUCUGGUAUGGGGAGUUUAGAGUGAGUGUUUCUCACUCCAAAGGAAUAUUACAAAGUAAUAGCGGUCACCAGAAUAAUAUGUACAUAAACACACGUCAGAUUCUCGCAUCUGUCUCACCUGUUCAAUGUGAUCAUGCCUCUCAGCUGCCAACAAGUCAGUAGCGGAACCAUAGGUUGUUUGGAAAAGACGUCUGAAGCGGUGGCUUUCCUACCUGUGCGAAGUGUCACAGGUGUCUGCAGGCCAGCCGUUCAGCCAUUUCCCCGCGUAAUCAGGAGAUGCCGUUUCUGAGGGAAAUGUUCAUCCCAAAGUAUUUAAAGAAAUGAACAGAGCUAAUGGUUGUUUUUUUUUUUUUUUUGGUUUGUUUUUUCUUUUUGGUUUGUUUUUUUGUUUGAUAAAGAUCUCCCUUUUGCUGUUGAAAGUUUAGGGGCACGGACCUGCCCUCACACCCAAAGAGAGGUUCUUCACGUCUGCCAAUUGCAGUCAAAAUGGUUGUACUCAAAAAAAUAUACAUCCUCUCCUCCCCAGAAAAAAUGAAUUUUUUUAUUUUUUAUUAUUAUUAUUAUUUUCUUUGCACCAAGACACAUUGAAAUGUGUGUAAUUGCUCUUUGGCCACCGGUGUAUAGCAUUUGGCCUAAAUUAAACCGUCUCCACACCUCAGAAGUGUGUUAAGUGUUGCAUCUUGAGGGGGAAAAAAAUGUGAUUUUGUGUCAAUACUUGCGCACUCAGUCGAUUUUGGGUUGAUUUGAUCUGCAAGCUCGCUCCUCCAAACUCCUGUUCUCGGAAAAAAAUUGUUCACAUGAUUAUUUUUAAGAAUCCUAAUGUUGUACAGGUUAUUCUUGAAUUAAUGCUUUUUUGCAUUUUUGUUUUUAAAUAAUGUCAUAGACAUUAUUUUUUCAUAUAACUAUUUGUAUGCUGUUUAGGUUUCUGUGUAUUAUUUUUUCCUCAUGUAAAUUAACAUAUAACGCUAGCUUUAAAUCUGAAUUGCUGAAGUUUCUUCUUUUUUUUAACAUUACUCUGACCUGGCCUCUCUAUAAUGUGAUAAUGAUCCAUUAUUUGUUUGCAUUUUUAUCUGAUUUUUAAAAACUCUAGUUUCCAAAGGUUAUUCUGUUCUAGGCUCUUUUUCCGCAUUUGCAGCUUGCAUGGGCUGUGUAUAAGGGUGUGUGUUUCUGUGUGUGUGUGUGUGUGUGUGUCUGUUUGGUUGUGUGUGUUUGCGUGUUCUGGGAGCCAGCAUCGAUUUUUUUAUUUAAUAUUUUUCAUUUUUACACACCAAAAGAACUGAACUGAACUGAAAAGUUUAAUUUAAACUAAAUACGUGAACAUCAUAAAGGGAUUUCAAAGGAAACAAUGAUCAUAAUGUGGAGGAUAAUAGUAAAGCACUGAGCAAUUAAAAAAAAAAUUGAAUUAAUGAAUGUGGCCAAAGCUUUAUACAGCUGCAAAUUGACAGGAGAAUUUCAGUAGUGGUGCCCCUCAUAAGGGCAUGUUUUAUCAUGGCACAACACACAGGACAGCUGAAAUAGUUCUGAAAGAAGCAUCCAUUCAAACUUGAUUUUCAUUGACUGAUAAAGAGAGAAAAGGAGAUUGGUAUUGCUGUAGUAUUAUUGCAAAGGUCAUCUCCCCCCCACUGUGAAAAUAAACAUGUAUACAGAUAUAAAUAUAUUUAAAACAUCAGUUUCUUUAAGGAAGGAAAAAAUACUCUGGGAGCUUUAUGUUUCAUUGGGGUUUUUUUUUUUUUUUUUUUUUUUUGGAGAGUUCACACUGACGUGAAGGAGCGGCCAUUUUGUUUGGUGGUGGGCAGUCCAUACACAGCUGGUCGUGGCAGCCUGAGGUACAUGGUGGCUAGGAUAGCAAGUCGAUUAUUCACUGCAGGCAGUUCUGGGAAGGGGAUGGACUUCUGAACCAAUGGUGGACAUGAAACGGCGAGGGGAAUCUUGAAAAGCCAAACUCCAGUAGCUGGAACCACUAUUUUCCCGCCCUUUUCCCCUCUCUCUCUCUCGCUCUCUCUCUUUCUCUCUCUCUGUCCAGGGCCACUCUCCAGCUUUAAUGUUCUCCGCGCUGGGGCGGAGGAGGGCAGGCCAGGGCACAUGUAUUUGCCUCCAUUUUCACCGUCCGUGUUGUUGUUGACGGCUACCUGUCACUCAUUUCUCCUGUUUAAUUUCUCUGACUGACUCUCAGUGCUGUCCAAUCAGACAGCAGCUUUCUCUCUCUCUCUCUCUCUCUCUCUCUAUCUGUCUGUUUCUCUCUCUCUCUCCCUCUCUCAUGGAGUCAACCAAACGAACCAUGAAAAACCCUUUUCUUUAUGAAAGGGCGUGUGUUUUCUAAGCUGUAAUUCUCAAAGAAGCAGUUAGAAUUUUUUUUAGAAUUUUUUUUUUUUUUUUAAAGCAAAGCAACCAAAAUUAACAACCAAACUAACAACCAAACCAUUUGCUCCAAUUUCUAAGAUGAACUGUUGUGUGGAGCCCCCCCUCCCAAAAACAAAAUCCUUUUUGUGACUCCUGGUGCCACAAUGUUUUUUUUUUCAUUUUUUAAUGCAUUAUUUUUUCUGGUUUUAAUUUUCGUUUUCUUGAAUUAUUCCUCCUCAGAGCCACACAGAAACGACUCUGAGGCUCCAGUCGGCCCACCUGAGGGUAUAAAAAAUCAGCCUUGCAAUGUACAAAAAAGAGCAAGUUAAACCAAAAAUGUUGUUCUUGAUGUCUUUUCUAUACUGUAGUCUUGUUAGCUUUUUUUUGUUACUGUAAUUAUAUGAUGAAGAUUUCCAAACUGUACCAAAUUACAAUGGAGACUAACGUACAAAAACCACAUGGAAUUUCACUUUUAAAGAGAAACUUUUGUCACAAAAAAACUUGUUGUCCUAGUUAAGUUGAUUGUAGAUGGUAAUUGAAUAUACUCCUUUGAAAAUAUUUCAUCAAGUAUGUUUCUUGCUCAUUGUGAUACAUUAAAAAAGUAUGAGCAAAAAUG